CGACGACUAGAUACAUUACCUUCCAUCCCCCCAACAUCGUGUUGGCCCUGCUUUCGCCUGGCCUAUUCUAAGACAUUAGCUAGCCUGCUUACUGCCGCCGUGUCAACUCCUCGCACCACUUAUGGGACCCCGCACUCCGGGUUAUCUCCACAUUGCUUGCCUGGGCGAAUUAGUAUCUGCACCCUAGCAGUUGGCCAACCUCUGCGUCAGAUCCGGCUAUGGAAUCUACUUCGGAGCCUCGAAUCCGCAAAGCUCCGCCGGUCUCCGCCCCAGGUCCCCGGAAAAGGCGUAGGAGGACGGUCAUAAGCCAAGCGGCUGAUGAUUGCUUUACUUGCGCCCGACAGGGUACUCCCUGCGACCGGCGUCGCCCAUAUUGUUCCCAGUGCCUGGACAGCGCCCGCAAUUGCGCGGGGUACAAGACAGCGUUGACAUGGGGCGUAGGAGUCGCCAGUCGAGGAAAGCUUCGAGGGUUGUCCCUCCCCGUGACCGGGGCACAGCCUGCGGUCGCACCUCCGAAGCUUUCCCGUGUGACAGGACCACGGACAGCGUCGAAAUCCCAACCGACUCUCAACACAGCCGCAGAAAAGCGACGACAUGAUAAGCAGCGUUCUUCAGGCACUGGGCUUGCCGAGCAUGGAUCUGUCUCGGUUUCAACUGCUUCACAACGCCGGGCGUGCUCACCGGUGUACUAUACGGUGGAUUCCCAUGCUUCGCCAAAUUUCUAUAAUUCUUAUUCCUCACGUGCGACAAAGACCGAUUCUCCGAGACAGUGCCAUGCCCCAUUGAUCUCAUAUCCUGACCCGUCAAGGACCUGGAUGGGACCAGAACAAACACCACUACCAAUACAGUGUCCGUGGCCAGCUCAGGCUCCGAAACAGAAAGAUAAUGCUUCAGAUGAGCAAAUGGAAGAAACCUGUUAUGACGAGGUUUCACCACGUAUGAGUGCUUGCCAGCCGCCAUCAGUAUCUCAGCAGCUGCUGGCACGUUCCGUGGGACGUACACCUCGACUCCGAUACCUAAUCAGUUAUUAUGCCGAAGUCAUUGCUCCGAUGAUUGUGGCAUUUGAUAGUCCAACCAAUCCAUUUCGAACGUAUGUUCUUCGACUGGCGCAGGAAAGCACAUCGCUCCAAGAGGCCAUCGCUACAUUGGCCAGCUGUAACCUGCGACAGCGACGCGAACGAGGAAUGAGGGCGACGGAGCGAACUUUGCCGGGGCGCAUGUCGUCCUUGGCCCACCAAGCCUUGACCGAUGGAGCAUUACAGGACCGGGCUGGUAUCGGUAUGCCUGAAGACUAUGCCCAGGAAGAGCAGCAUCAUCGGGGCAUGGCGGUCUCUGCUCUGAAUCGGGAAUUGGCCGACCCGCAUCAGAGACUUUCUGACUCUGUCCUGGCAACCUUACUCAUCCUCUGUCUAUUCCAUGGGUGUGAUACUGGGGUCGCUCAAUUUAAGACGCAGUUUGCGGGGGUGACAAAAUUGUUGGCCAUCCGACUGUGCAACUCACCUUGCAUGUCGGAUGAGCUGAAGUGGUUUGUUCGGAUGUUCACAUGGAUUGACACGAUGACCGCCACCACCAAUGACCGCGAGGUACAGCUUCGCGGUGCUUGCUUGGAUAUCACCGCCACCUCGGAUGGCGAAUGGGGACUGGAAAAUCUGGCGGGAUGUGAUGCCGGACUUUUCAGAAUCGUAGCGCAGCUAGGUCGUUUGAACCUUCUGAGCCAAAAUCAAGAAGUCCGCACAUCUACGCCACCAGACAUCCAUAUGCCAUCCACUACUCUCCCGCCCUCGAUGGCCUUCUUUCCAUCGAACAAUCCAGCCACCUCGUCCGGUCCUUUUGCAUUUUCAUUGCCGCCGCCGCCGCCGCCUGGUGGUCGCAACGGAGCACAGCUGCCGCCGGCGUUCUGGGCGGAAUGGUAUUCUCUCCGACAGAAGCUUGAGUCCUGGCGAUUUGUUCCCCACCGAUCGCAAUCGGGUUCGCCUCUCUUUACGUCCAAGCACGCCUACAUUUCGCCCCCUUCAUCGCCGACAGACCAGCCGGUGGUCGCAACUCACAAUCUGAAGGACGUCAUACACAUCUCUGAGUCAUUCCGCCAUGCGGCGAUCCUGUACAGUGAACGACUCGCCUAUCCAGACCUACCGUCCGAUCACCCUCGUAUCCAAAACAUUGUGCAACACAUAAUGAGUCACAUUAUGACUGUCCAGUCUGACGCGUAUCUCCUGUGGCCAUUAUUCAUCACCGGGUCUGAGUGCGUGCGUGCCGAUCAUCGCGCCAUUAUCCGCCAACGGUGCAAAGAUCUAUCCAGAGACUCUGGGUUUUUCAACAACCUCUCCUGCUUGCAGCUGCUGGAGAAGAUCUGGGCAGAGAACCCUGCUGCGGAUGGACUUCCUGCGGUCUCAUCCCUUGAUUUCGGCUUGCAGGCAGCCGCCAACGGGUCCGUGAGCGAGGUUACAUUUCUGCCACCAGGAAGCUGGGCCUCCUCCCAGCAUGAGGCAUUCAUGUCUCCGACACUGCCCUCUGUCUCUGUGAAGCAGGGAUUCCGUUGGCACGAGGCGAUGCAAACCAAACGCGCGGAGGACGAGUAUAUGACUGUAUGACCUGACCAGACGGAUACGUGCAUCAAAGAGCCCAUCCAGCUUCAAUUACCAGACACCGAUCAUGAACACCAAUAAC